AUGGCAGAAGAAGAAAAUAGUGAAACUUCGACCCCACGGUCCUUCACGGGCCAGACCGUCUCCGCGGAAGAAAUGCUCAAGUCGCAAACUGUCGGUCUCGUCCAUCUCUCCGACUUUCGCAAGCGGCGCGCAGAGGUCUUGGAGCAAAAAGAGCGCGAGGCACAUGACAAGUCCCUAGGGCUACUGGCAUCCGGUAAUUCAAGAAGCGCGACUCCAUCUACAGGCGAAGUGACUGACGGAUCAACGCCUCCUCAGAGUGACGGUCCCCCGAAGAGAAAGAAGAAGAAGGCCCUCGCCAAAAGCAAGCUAUCAUUCGGCGACGAUCAGGAUGAUACUGGGGAAGAAUCCGCCGCAACGCCACGCGAUUCAAGCGUCUCACGGUCCGGUUCGAAAACACCCGCCGAGGAUAGCGCGACUCGUCGUAUGAAAGCAAAUCCCAAUGCACCUCCCCCGCCGAAGGCUUUGACCAAGGCAUCUCUGGAAGCUGAAGCGCAGGCCCGCGACGUUCUCCGCAAAGAGUUCCUUGCCAUGCAAGAAGCUGUCAAGAAUACCGAAAUCUUGAUUCCGUUUGUGUUCUACGACGGAACGAGUAUACCUGCAGGAUCAGUCAAAGUGAAGAAAGGCGACCCCGUUUGGUUGUUUUUGGACCGUUGUCGAAAAGUCGGUGCAGAGUUGGGCGUGCGCGGUGCAAAUGGCGCAUCAAAGGCAAAGAAGGACAAUCGUCGAGAGUGGGCACGAGUUAGUGUCGACGACUUGAUGCUUGUCAAGGGGGAUAUCAUCGUUCCGCAUCAUUACGAAUUCUAUUAUUUCAUUGCCAAUCGUAUUCCUAGUCUUUCGCGCGCUGGUGGCUUGCUGUUCGAUUACUCCAACAAGCCUCCAGUGGUUAACCCAACAGACCCUAGUGAUGAUCAACUAGAAGGCGCCGACAAAGACUUUUCUGAGACCAAAGUCGUAGAUCGACGGUGCUUCUAUCAGGAGUUCCGGGCAAAGACACUCGCAGAGAAGUAUGCCAACCUCAACACACAGAUGGACAACGUCAUCCACAAUGCCAACACAGAGAUCUUAUCUCUUCAGAACAAGCUGUCUGGCAUGCAAUCAGCCCAGGAAGAUCUCCAAAAGAAAAACCAGGAACUGAAUGAUCUAUACCGAGACAAGAACAACAAGCUCUCACAAAUGACAAAUCUGUACAACCUCCUCAAAGCACGAGCUAUGCGGUCCCGCAUGCAAACAGGUGUUUCGGACACGGUCUCCCAAGCUAUUAACUCGCUUCCGUCAAUGAAUGCUCCUCCUUUUAUCUCUGUUGCACGGUCUGUCAUGUCGCCAGUACUUCCAAAGCAGGCAUCGCGACACCUUCAAGCUCAAUCGUUUCCUGUUGACACUGAAGGAGGUGAGCAGUUGCAUCGACACCAGCGAAGUGGCACCGGCAGUUCCAAGAGGGCAAGAACAAAGACACCGAAAAGUGUGCCGAUGUUACCUCCAGCACGGCCAAGCUGGAAUAGGCGCUCCAUCCAAGAUUCUGAUCACAACCCGCAGCACCGUACCCGUCUCCCGCGUCUUUCCAGGACGCCGACAAUGGUGUCUGAGUUUCCACCUAGUGAUGCCAUCAUGCAACGAUUUGGGAAGUGA